AUAAAUGGAUAAAAUUAACAUUAAUAACGACUGUCUGUGACCGAUCCACAUCUUAUCCGACGACAAACGAGUUCGACAGUUUGCGUGUGAUAUAUGCCUUCGAGAAAAGUUUCUCGAAGAAGGUAGAUAGAUCGACAGUACCCUUUAACCAUCUUCUUGGAUAAACUGUUUUAGGAACAAACCGACCGAUAUUUCUCUUAAUAAUUAUUUCAUAGUAUUCUCGGAAUGGACCCGGAGGAAUACGGCAACGAAUUGUCGCGAAACGAGUCAGAAAAUGAUAGCGAAGAAUGCGCUCAUUCGCCUAUAUUGUUGGAUCUAGAUAAAAAUUCUAAACAACAGCAAGAAAUUUUAAAUCAAGAGAAAUGUUCAUCGUCUAAAUUGCCCAAUGUCAAUCAAUAUUUGCAAGAUCAGUUAAUAAGAAAUGGAUCAGAAAAUUCAAAUAUAUCUCAACAAUCAGCAAGAAGAUCAUGGCAUGAUGGAAAUUUCGAAGAUCGUCAACAAAAUGACGAUCGAGUAUUUGUAAUAAGAGUUCCCGAACCGGAAAUGAUUAAUACAAAUCCUCAUUUAGAAAUUCUUCACGAGACUAACAUUAAAUCAGUUCAAAGAGAAUCAUCACAAACUGAGAAAGAUUAUAAAAAAUCAGCUUGUGAUCGUGAACGCACAAGAAUGCGUGAUAUGAAUCGUGCUUUUGAAUUGUUACGAUCGAAGCUUCCAAUCUGUAAACCACCUGGUAAAAAACUUUCCAAGAUCGAAUCGCUUAGGCAUGCGAUCACAUACAUACGGCAUUUGCAAAGUCUUCUAGAACCACAAUAUAAUUAUGUUCCGAAUGUAACAGAAAGAAACUAUUACGCUAAUAGUGCACCAGUUACUACAACUACUUCUUUAAAUGUUCAACAUACAUCCCGAUGGGAAUCAUUUGCUUAUUAUCGUUACGAUUAUCACACACCUUUUGUUAAUCCUUCUCCGGUAACAUUACCUUCAUCUAUUCAUCCUCGAAUAUCAACGGAACAGAAUGAUCGACAAUUUUCUUAUGAAAUACGACAUUAAUAUUUAUAUUCAAUAAAUAUUUAUAUUUAUUAUCAUUAAAAUAUUAGUUUUUUGACAAUCAUAUUCGUUUGAAACGUAAAAAUGAUAAUACACAAGCUAAAUCCACAGAUUAGAGUUCAAUAUAUUUAAUCACUAAACUAU